ACAUCGCACCGCUCAGCACACAACGAGGAGAGAAGCCGCGCGAGACGCACGCCCGCGUUGGAAGAGGAUGGAAACAUGACUCCGUUCUUGAUCGCCAUUUUCUUUUUCAACCUUUCAUCGCUGGCCACCGGCGCCAACUUCACUCAGGUCUACCAAUGGAAUGUAUUGAAUUUCAAGUGGCCGUCGGACGCGAUCAGGACAAAGACCUUGGAAGAUAAAACGUUCAAAGCAGCGAAUAUUGAUCCUCGUUUCAUGGCUGUCUACGGAACACGGCUCUUCUUCAGCCUGGAGAAUAGUGAUGGAAUUCCGGUGAGCCUGGUGUCGGUGCCGACGAGCAGCAAGUACGUUGCACCCCCAAAGCUCACCCCAUUCCCUUCCUGGGACUUGCACGGAAAGGGAGAUUGCAACAAAAUUGAAGAAGCAACAGGGUUGGAUGUGGAUUCCGUUGGAAGAUUGUGGGUGCUGGACAGCGGAAGCGACAAUUGCAAUACCAAACUUUGGAUUUUCGACUUGAACAACAACGAUCACACCAAAAUCAUUCACCGGUUUCCUUUUCAAACAUUGACGCAUGACUUGGUGCUCGACGAAACGGCCAACGGAACCUUUGCCUACAUCUCGCGGGGUAUUGAAGAUAACGUUGUCGUGUUUAGUUUGGAAAGAAACGAAUCUUGGAUCGUGGACACGCCAGAAAUAGAGGUUUAUUCUAUUUCCUUGUCCUCUAAGAAUCAGGAACAGCUCUACAUUGGCAAGUGGGACUCGAAAGAUCUGUAUUCAAUUUCCGUUGUCGCACUUCGCAACGGAGCUGGAACUGCAAAUCCGAAACUAAUCGGAAAAUGGACUGCAGUGCCGUAUAGAAUGCUGGUGGACAACCGCGGGAUCAUGUUUGCCGCCUUUUCGAGGGCGAAUUACAUCAAUUAUUGGAAAACCUCCCACCCAUUUGCGGAGCAGCGUUUUCAUGAGUUCGCUGAACUGACUACUGGAAUGUAUUUUACCUUUGCCUCGGACGAAAGUGGAAUUCUUUGGAUGACGGUGUUUGAUAACGAAAGGAAGCCAAAAUACAGGCUUUUGAAGGCUGCGCUCGGUGAACAGUCCUUCGAGGCCUCGCCAGAUUUAGAUGUCGCAAGUGCAACUGGAGGGACUCAAGGAAGAACACUGAUGAGCUCGAGCGUAUUCUUCGUUUUCCUCUUGGCUUUGUUUAUUUUGUAGUUUUACACUAUAGCAGGUUAAAAAUCACCGUCAGUUCAAAUGGUGAAUUAAAUUUUGUGAUUUGCAGAGAAUUGUAGUUUUUCAAUGAUGAAAAUUCACGAAAGCUUGUCAGUCAGCAGCCAUUGUUGAGCGUCAAGGGAAUGUCCACAAAUUACCUCUUUAUGAUUAAGUUCAAAAGAUUCUUUGUAACAGUUAAUAAAUUUUACUGCUUUUAA